CACAGUGUGAAAGCCUAUCUUGGUCGAAUUGGCACCGGUUAACCACGUGUUUUUACCUCGUCAUUUUAUUAAUUUUUUUAAUUUUUAGUCUUUUAUUUCUUCUUUUAAUUUCUUCUUUUAAAUAUAACACAAAAUUAAAUAAACAAAAUGGUUAAGGAACAAUACCGAGAGACGGACGUCAUUAGAAAAAUUGCCAGAGUAAGCUUUGGAAUUGAGAGUCCACAACAAAUACAGCAACAAGCCCAUAUUCAAAUAGUAGCUCAGAAUUUGUACAACCGUGAUGCUUCUCGAACACCUAUGCAGUAUGGAAUGCUGGACAGGAGAAUGGGAAUGAGUGUUAAAGAUGCAAUAUGUGGGACAUGUGGAAAAGGCUUGGCAGAAUGUGUUGGCCAUUUUGGCUACAUAGAUCUGGAACUCCCUGUUUUCCAUGUGGGCUACUUCAAGGCUGUAAUAACAAUACUUCAAACAAUUUGCAAAACAUGCUCCCAUGUUUUGCUAAAUGAGAAAAUGAGAAAAGUUUAUCGAGCAAAGUUAAGAAACUCAAAGAUUCCAUAUUUGACCAAGAAAGCUUUGAGGAAGCAAAUUCAAGAAGUGUGUAAAAAAGUAUCGUGUUGUCCCAAGUGCAACAAUAUCAAUGGAAUGGUCAAGAAAUGUGGUAUGCUGAAAAUUUCUCAUGAGAAGUUUAGAAGUCUUAAAAAGGAUAGUGUCAUUGUUAAGGAAGAACUAGAAGCUUAUGAGAAUGCCAUUCAUUUCAACAAAGAAGUUGAGCCAAUGGUAUCAUCUGGAUUGAUCAAGAUAUUAAAUCCUCUAGAAGUUCUUCACUUACUUGAAAGAAUUCCCGAUGAAGAUAUUCAAUUUCUCGUGAUGAAUCCUGAACAUGGACAUCCGAAAGACAUGAUUCUCACUCGUGUACCAGUCCCUCCGGUUUGCAUCCGACCUUCUGUAGUAUCCGAUUUGAAAUCAGGAACAAAUGAAGAUGAUUUAACAAUGAAACUGACAGAAAUUGUUUUCUUGAACGAUGUGAUAGUUAAGCAUCGCCUCUCCGGUGCCAAAAGUCAAAUGAUUCUGGAAGACUGGGAUUUUCUGCAACUACAGUGUGCCCUAUACAUCAACAGCGAAUUAUCUGGCAUCCCGUUAAACAUGCAGCCAAAAAAGCCAUCACGGGGCUUAGUUCAACGUCUCAAAGGCAAACAAGGACGAUUUCGUGGAAAUCUUUCGGGAAAGCGUGUAGAUUUCUCCGGCAGAACGGUUAUCUCACCUGACCCAAACUUGCGGAUUGAUCAAGUUGGCGUUCCAGAAUUAGUUGCUAAAAUCCUAACAUUUCCUACUCGCGUCAAUGAGGCUAACAUCGAGCUUAUGCGAAAGUUAGUUAGGAAUGGUGCAGACAUUCAUCCUGGCGCUAAUUACCUUCAGGAAAAAGGUUCAGACCUGAAAAAGUUUCUGAAAUAUGGAAACCGCGAAAGUCUUGCCCGCAAUCUGAAGUUCGGUGACUUGAUCGAAAGGCAUAUGAUGGAUGAAGAUAUAGUCUUAUUCAACCGCCAGCCAUCUUUGCACAAGCUAUCUAUUAUGUGCCACCGAGCAAAGAUUUUACCGCAUCGUACUUUUCGCUUUAACGAGUGCGUCUGUACGCCCUACAAUGCAGAUUUUGACGGAGAUGAGAUGAAUCUUCACCUUCCUCAAACAGAAGAAGCCCGAGCAGAAGCCUGGAUACUCAUGGGAAACAAGUAUAAUUUGGUCACACCGCGCAAUGGCGAAUUGUUGAUAGCAGCUAUUCAGGAUUUCAUUACUGGAGCGUACCUACUGACGUUGAAGGAUGCUUUCUUUGAUAGAGCCAAGACCUGCCAAAUGGUUGCAUCAAUGCUUGCUGGUGAUGAAGUGAAUAUGACGAUUAAGCUGCCGCCUCCGUGUAUACAAAAACCGGUUGCUCUCUGGUCAGGGAAACAGAUUUUCAGUUUGAUACUCCGUCCGAACCCUGGAGAUCGUAUUAAAGUUAAUCUUAGAACCAAGGGGAAGGAAUAUUCAAAAAAGAAUGAGGAACUAUGCGCUAACGAUGGAUUCCUGUUGGUCCGAAAUUCUGAGUUGUUAGCCGGAUGCGUAGACAAGUCUACCAUUGGCUCUGGUUCUAAAAUCAACAUUUUUUAUGUACUCUUGCGUGACUAUGGAGAGGAUUACGCCAUCCAGGCUAUGUGGAAACUCUGUCGUGUAGCUUCGUAUUACAUGAUGAAUCGAGGAUUCUCAAUCGGGAUUGGAGAUGUCACACCUGGUAAAACUUUGUUAAAGGAGAAGCAGGCGCUUCUGGACAAUGGUUACGCCAAGUGCGACGAAUACAUUCGUCAACUUACCUUAGGUCAACUUCCAUGUCUACCCGGUUGUAACGAAGAAGAAUCAUUGGAGUCGAAGAUCUUAAAAGAGCUUUCUGGAAUCCGUGACCAGGCCGGAGAAGUUUGCAAGAAAGAGCUACAUCCUAGCAACAGUCCUUUAGUUAUGUCUAAAAGUGGAUCAAAAGGAUCUUACAUUAAUAUUUCUCAAAUGAUUGCCUGCGUCGGCCAGCAGGCCUUAAAUGGCAAAAGAGUUCCGAAUGGUUUUGAGGAUCGCAGUUUGCCUCACUUCAAACGGCAUUCGAAAAUCCCGGCUGCAAAAGGUUUUGUCUCAAACAGUUUUUAUUCGGGACUGACGCCCACAGAAUUUUUUUUCCACACCAUGGGUGGACGUGAAGGAUUGGUAGAUACUGCCGUGAAGACUGCCGAAACUGGGUACAUGCAACGGCGACUUGUAAAAUCAUUGGAAGAUCUUUGCUGCCAAUAUGAUUCUACCGUAAGGAACUCCACUGGGGAGAUCAUUCAGUUUGUUUACGGAGGGGAUGGACUUGAUCCAACUUACAUGGAAGCGAAAGAUCGCCCUGUCGAUUUUCAACGAUCUCUUGACCACAUCAAAGCCGCGUCUCCGUAUGCCGAUGAAGAACCCUUGGAUCAUGUGGAAUUGCAGCAAGCUUUUAACACAAUUAUGGAGACGGAUCCAUUCAAAUCACUUGGAGUCGACUUCCAACACGAACUGCGAAUUUUCGUUGAAAACCAAGUUAAACGAAUCAAAAAGGUGCGAGAGCGUUACAACAUGGAAGGUCGGUCGCUCCUUACAGUUGAAAAACAUCUUGAGCGUAUUACCGUAGGUCAACUUGUAGAGUUCUGUGAGUUUUCGAAAGAGAAGUAUCAACGGGCUAAGAUUGAACCAGGUACCGCAGUUGGAGCCCUCUGCGCGCAAAGUAUUGGAGAACCGGGCACUCAGAUGACGCUGAAAACUUUUCACUUUGCUGGUGUAGCAUCGAUGAACAUCACUCAGGGAGUUCCAAGAAUUAAGGAAAUCAUAAAUGCUUCAAAAGCCAUCAGUACGCCCGUUAUUUCCACCAGUCUCUUAGUAGAUAACGACCCUGAAUACGCACGCCGUGUAAAAGGAAGAAUAGAAAAGACGUUACUCGGAGAGGUGACGGAAUAUUUCGAAGAAGUUUAUCUCCCCGAUGACUGUUUCAUGCUUAUUAGACUGGACAUGAAUAGAAUCCGUUUAUUGAAACUUGAGGUGGAUGCAAAUUCUAUCCAGUGGAGUCUCUGCACGUGUAAGCUUAAAAUUAAACCGUCGUACAUUAAAGUGGUUAGUGAAACGAUAGUUAUUGUCAAACCUGCUCCAACUGCGAAGUCAUCAAUGUAUCACGUGAUGCAGAACCUCAAAGAACAACUGCCUAAGAUCGUCAUUAAGGGCUUACCAACCGUCAGCCGAGCAGUUAUUAAUGUCGAUGAUAGAAAAAAGCCACCGAGAUAUUAUCUUUUAGUUGAGGGUGACAACAUGCGCGAAGUCAUGGCGACUUACGGUGUAAAAGGAACUUCGACUACAUCCAAUAAUAUCCUAGAAGUUUUUAGCACUUUGGGAAUCGAAGCUGCCAAGGCCACAAUUGCUAAGGAAAUUCAGUAUACCAUGGAAAGUCAUGGCAUGAGUGUAGAUCGUCGUCAUGUCGCUUUAUUGUCCGAUCUAAUGAGUUGCAGAGGCGAGAUAUUGGGAAUAACAAGACACGGGCUGGCUAAGAUGAAAGAGUCCGUUUUAAUGUUAGCAUCAUUCGAGAGAACAUCCGAUCAUUUAUUUGACGCGUCUUACUACGGCCAAGAAGAUGAAAUCACUGGUGUUAGUGAGUGUAUCAUCAUGGGGAUUCCAAUGUCCAUAGGGACAGGAGCUUUUAAACUGCUGUACAAAACGGGGAAAAAAGAUCCACCAAGAACAAGGCAACUCAUCUUUGAUGUACCGGAGUAUCAUGUACCAAUGGUGUAGCUCCAUGCGUAAACGUGUUUGAUAGUCGAAACCUAACCGACUACAAUUUAAUCAAACUAAGUCGAAACAUUUAUUUUAUCUUAUACUGAAUGCUUAUGCAUGUUGUGUAAAUGCGUUGAACUAAGACUAAGACAACUUUUCUAAAUAUUGAAAAUACAUUCAAAUUUACGGGA